UCCGGAAGUGUAUCGAGCACAGGCCGUCCAUCUUGAUAGUCCAGGGCACCGUCGCUCCCAUCGCGCAGGGAGGGGAUGGAGCAGCCUGCUACCCGGGCUGGAACCAGGACAACCCGCGGCCGCCGCCUCCACGACGCCCUAAUGGACUGAGGCCGGCCUCCAUGCGCCUUUUCUUCCCAUCCUCGGUCGACCAUGACUCGGGUUCGUCUCUGGUGUCAGUGAAGCCUGGGCCAGGGGGUCAGAGGUCGUCCACCCCAACCUGCACUUUUCCCUCUCUCACCCCUGCACUGCCCCUCCUCACCCCGGCCCCGCACCUUACCCCGCCUCACCCGAGGACCGGACCACACCCUAGAACACACGCACACACUCGGGCCCCAAGAUGAUGUGCGAGGUGAUGCCCACCAUCUCGGAGGACGGGCGCGGCGGCGGCGGAGGAGGCGGCUCGUCCUCGCCGGCGGGAGGCGGAGGAGGCACAGCCGGCGUGGGAGGCGUCGGGGGCUACGGCAGCAGGGACCCCCGGGGAGGCGGAAGCGACGAAGGGGGCAGCACGGGAAACCUGGAGUCCCUGAUGGUCAACAUGCUGACGGAGAGGGAGAGACUGCUGGAGAGCCUGAGGGAGACCCAGGACAGUCUGGGGACGGCGCACCUCCGCCUGCGGGAGCUGGGACACGAGAAGGAGUCGCUCCAGAGGCAGCUAUCCAUCGCGCUCCCACAGGAAUUUGCCGUGCUGACCAAAGAGCUGAACCAGUGCAGGGAGCAACUGUUGGAGCGAGAGGAGGAGAUCGCCGAGCUGAAGGCGGAGCGCAACAACACCCGACUGCUGUUGGAACACCUGGAGUGCCUGGUGUCUCGUCACGAGCGCAGCCUGAGGAUGACGGUGGUGAAGAGGCAGGCCCAGUCCCCGGCGGGGGUCUCCAGCGAGGUGGAGGUCCUGAAGGCCCUCAAGUCCCUCUUCGAGCACCACAAGGCUCUGGACGAGAAGGUCCGAGAGCGACUGCGCGUGGCGCUGGAGCGCGUAGCCACACUGGAGGAUGAGCUGCAGUCGUCCUCGCAGGAAGUUGUGUCGCUGCGAGAGCAAAUCAAACGCCGACAGCAAGGACUGGACAAGGAGGUGGUUUCCGCUGCACGUUCCGACAUCAAAGUUCCUCAUUCACUCCAUAAACGUUCUCCACAGCGCCUGCCCAACGGCCCGUCCUCCAUCUUGGAUGACGGCGAGAUUGAGCGACAGAGGGAGGGCGAGAUUGAGCGCCAGAGAUCGGAGCUGGGUCAGCUGAAGGAGAGACUGGCCCUCAUGUGCAGACAGGUGGGAGAGAUUGAGGAGCAGCUGACGUCCGCCAGGAGGGAGCUGGCCCGGUCGGAGGAGGCCAACCAGAAGCUCCAACGGGAUGUGAAGGAGGCGCUGUGUCAAAGAGAGGACAUGGAGGAAAGGAUCACCACACUGGAGCGCAGGUACCUGAGCGCCCAGCGGGAGGCGACGUCUCUCCACGACAUCAAAGACAAGCUGGAGAACGAGCUGGCCAGCAAGGAGUCUCUCUACAGACAGAGCGAGGAGAAGAACCGUCAGCUGCAGGAGCGCCUGGAUGACGCCAAGCAGAAGUUGCAGCAGACCUUGCAGAGAGCAGAGACGCUCCCAGAGGUGGAAGCUCAGCUGGCUCAGAGGGUGGCGGCCCUCAACAAGGCCGAGGAGCGUCACGGAAACUUUGAGGAGCGCCUGCGACAGAUGGAGGCGCAACUGGAGGAGAAGAACCAGGAGCUGCAGCGGGCGAGGCAGCGUGAGAGGAUGAAUGACGAGCACAACAAGCGUCUCUCAGACACAGUGGACAAGCUGCUGUCCGAGUCCAACGAGAGGCUGCAGCUGCACCUCAAGGAGAGGAUGGCCGCCCUGGAGGAGAAGAACGCCCUUUCUGAGGAGCUGUCCAACAUGAAGAAACUUCAGGAUGAUCUCCUGGUAAACAAGGACCAGCUGAUAGCGGAGCUGGAACGUCUUCAGCUGGAGUUGGACCAACUGAGGGCGAGGCCCGGCGGCUCUUAUUCCAGUCGAUCCCUGCCUGGCAGCGCUUUGGAGCUGCGGUAUUCCCACGGGGGCGGGUCUCUCCCGAUGGGCUCCACCACUCACCUGGAUGCCUUCGGUAACUCCUCACUUGGGGGCGGAGUCAGGCGGAGUCACCGCGCCCGUUGGAGCUCGGUGCGCGAGGACACCACCAAGUAUACCGACUGGGAGACAGGGGCUCUGCUGGGGGCGGGCUACGAUCACGGCGUGGACGUGUGCUGCUCCGACGAUGAGGACGACGGAGACCAUCGCUUCGGUUCCGAGCUGCUGUCCCCCAGCGGACAGACGGACGUGCAGACGCUGGCCAUCAUGCUGCAGGAACAGCUGGAGGCCAUCAACAAGGAGAUCAAACUCAUCCAGGAGGAGAAGGAGAACACGGAGCUGCGAGCCGAGGAGAUCGAGAGCCGAGUCAGCAGCGUGGCUCUGGAUAGUCCGCCCAUGCCGCCGUCCACGCUUGGGAGGGACGGCACGGGGCGGGGCUUCAUUCCUUCCUCCAUCACCUCUUCCACGCUGGCGUCUCCCUCGCCGCCCAGCUCUGGACACUCCACCCCUCGCCUUCCGCACUCACCUGCCCGCGAGAACGACAGACAGAACAACAAAGACGACGAGCGCUCCCUCGCCCUCCUGGACUCCACGCCUCCUCCCACGCCACGCGCGCUGCGGCUGGACAGGAUGACACUCACCCACCCUGGGGCGAUGCUGGAAGACUUCCGCAGUCUGUCAGCAGAUGGCAGCAGCACCAACAGCAGCCAGGAUUCUCUGCACAAGUCCAGCAAGAAGAAGAGCAUCAAGUCUUCCAUCGGACGACUUUUUUGGAAGAAGGAGAAGGGCAGGAUGGGUCAGCCUGGACGGGAGGGCUCGUCGUCUCUCGCAUCGACUCCUUCAGAAGACAUGGCCCCUGGAGACCCAAUGGGUUUGAACAAGACCGGUACUUUGGGUCCAGCUGACAAAGAUCGUCGCAGCAAAAAGAAGCACGAGCUCUUAGAAGAAGCGUGUCGCCAAGGUCUGCCCUUCGCAUCCUGGGAUGGACCCACUGUGGUGUCCUGGCUGGAGCUGUGGGUGGGAAUGCCGGCCUGGUACGUGGCGGCCUGCCGAGCCAACGUGAAGAGUGGUGCCAUCAUGGCCAACCUGUCCGACACGGAGAUCCAGCGUGAGAUCGGCAUCAGCAACCCGCUGCACCGCCUCAAACUACGCCUGGCCAUCCAGGAGAUGGUGUCCCUCACCAGCCCGUCAGCCCCCGCCAGCACUCGCUCCUCGACCAGUAACGUUUGGAUGACCCACGCCGAGAUGGAGUCCCUGAAUGCAGCAACCAAGCCGCCGGAGCUGAAGGAGUUCAGCUGGGAUCAGAUUCUGGCGUACGGCGACAUGAAUCACGAGUGGGUGGGCAACGACUGGCUGCCCAGCCUGGGCCUGCCGCAGUACCGGAGCUACUUCAUGGAGUCGCUGGUUGACGCCCGCAUGUUGGACCAUCUGACCAAGAAGGAGCUGAGAGGACAGCUCAAGAUGGUGGACAGUUUCCACAGGGUCAGCUUGCAUUACGGCAUCAUGUGCCUCAAGCGCCUCAACUACGAUCGCAAGGAGCUGGAGCGCAGGAGGGAGGAGAGCGUCCACCAGAACAAAGAUGUGAUGGUGUGGUCCAACGAGCGGGUCAUGUGCUGGGUGCAGAAUGUGGGCCUGAAGGAGUACGCUGACAACCUCCGUGAGAGCGGCGUCCACGGCGCCUUGCUGGCCCUCGACGACACCUUUGACUACACGGACCUCGCCCUGCUGCUGCAGAUCCCCAAUCAGAACACGCAGGCCCGACAGCUCCUGGAUCAGGAGUACAACUCACUCAUCACCAUGGGAACGGAGAGACGUCCUGAUGAGGAUGGAACCAAGACGUUCACACGCUCGCCUUCAUGGAGGAAGAUGUUCCGAGAGAAGGACCUGCGGGGCGUGACCUCCGACUCCGCCGAGACCCUGCCUGCAAACUUCCGUGCCUCCGCCAUCGCCACGCCCUCCGUCACCCUCAGGAAGGUUCAGAGUGACGCCAGCUCCGGUGCCCGGGGUGAGUCUGCCUCCGUGAGGACGUACUCCUGCUGAGGGCGCCACCGACCAUGCCGACACCCUCGGAGGGAGCAUCCCAACACUUCAAGUCUGCAAUAACACGCAUGGACGGGAACGGGAUGAAGCCAUGAAUGUGUCCUCCCAGCUGGAAGGUACAUCAGAUGUUCUUUGUGGACCAGCUAACGUGUCUUCAUUUCUUCUCUUCAACUAGUCUUUGUUGGCCAACAAGAAGAGGACGUAAACCAGUCAGAGUGACAAAGCGAGGCUCCAUUGUGACGCGAGCAGUAAAACAUGGCCGACACCGAGCCUCAAACCACAUCACAGGGACACUCGUCGUCCUUUUGUCUUGAAAGCCGAUACGCCCAGGAAGCCCUUUUUCGAGGCAGACCAUAAUAAUAGGCAUCAAAUGCUCCGUGGGGGCAGGGGCAGGGGGGUUCAACCUUCUUGUGGCAAAACGUAUCUACAAAUUGGAGGUAACUCUGCAAACUGUAAAGCCUAAAGUAUCGGGACACAAAUUGGCCGACAAACUCGCAGCAGCGUCCAAAAAACAAAAAACACAUGCAAAUGAUAAUUACUGCAACUUCAAAAAUCCUGCAUGAUCAAAAACACAAAUGCCAAAAACAACCAAACUGUCGUUUUUUUUUUACAGAAUAUUCUACACAUUUUUUACCUAAAUUAGGCAUAAAAAAUGUUGAAAUGCUAUAGCAGUAUGGCCCACUAGAUAAGACCGAACCAAUCAGAACGUGCUGUUCAGUAUCAUUGUGAAACUGACUAAAGGGCGUUCAAAAAAUUUAGAAGGUCUUAAAAACAUGCUUUUAUGCUAUAAAAAUGUUCCAUUUAUAGUUAAUGAUUCAUACUUUGCAUGAAUUAAUACUCCACAGUCUGGCCUGAAACCAAUUAACAUCAAUAAACAAAGAGCGACUACUAUAAGAGGAAUGCUGCAAGUUACCAAGAAUACCGGGAAGUUAGAAAUGCUACCAGGAAGUUAGCAACCUUACCAGGAAGUUAGCAAUGCUAUCAGGAAGUUAGCAAUGUUGCUGUCACGCCAAAUUUCUUCCCCCCUACAAAAACCUUCCCCCCCACCCCAUUUACUUCCGGGGUCACGUUUCCUCUUACAUCAGGAAUAUCCUCAAGUUAAUUUGUCCGAUUAAUACGCUAUAUUAUAAAAAUAUAACGCUAUAUUCUGAAAAUACAGACAUUUUGUUAAAGCUAUAUUAUAAAAAUAUAACGCUAUAUUAUAAAAAUAUAACGCUAUAUUAUGAAAAUACAGACGUUUUGUUAACGCUAUAUUAUAAAAAAUAAAAAAAUAUUUAAAAAACAAGUUACAAACACAAGCUAUGGGAUGACGUUAGAGGAAACGUGACCCCGGAAGUAAAUGAGGGGGAAGGCUUUUUUAAAUUUUUUUGUAAUAUAUCGUUAACAAAACGUCUGUAUUUCUAUAAUAUAGCGUUAUAUUUUUAUAACAUAGCGUUAACAAAACGUCUGUAUUAAUCGGACAAAUUAACUUGAGGAUAUUCCUGACGUAAGAGGAAACAUGACCCCGGAAGUAAAUGGGGGGUUAGGUUUUUGUAGAGGGGAAGAAAUUUGGCGUGAUACUACCAAGAAGUUAUCAAUGCUACCAGGAAGUUAGUACCGUUACCAGGAAGUUUGCAAAACUAUCAGGAAGUUAGCUAGGCUACCAGAAAGUUAGGUAGCCGGAAUAAUGAAUUGUGAUUGUUUUUAUGAUAAUUUAUUUUUGUAUUUUACGAGUUUUUUAUUCGAAUUAUGGUUACUUUCAUUGUUAUUUAUUUUUUUAUUUGUGCCGUCUUGUACUGUAAUUUGCUGUAAAAUACUCUGAAUUGCCUUGUGUACGUAGUGUGCUCUAUAAAUAAACUUGCCUUGCCUUGCUUAGGCUACCAGGAAGUUAGCCAAGCUACCAGGAAGUUAGCCAGGCUACCAGGAAGAUAGCUAGGCUACCUGGGAAACCAGACCUUGAAAGACAUGAGAUGAAUGACCAUAAAAAAGUUGGCAGAAUGAAAAGGUACAAUUUUGAUUAUGUUGGUUGGGAUAUAUAUGUCUGCUGAUCCAUAGUAGCCUAGCUCACUUUGGUUUUUGUUCUGGGAACUCGCAGUAUCUCUUUCAAAUGUGUCACAUGUGUUUGAUCUGUUUUUGGCAUUUGUAGCAUUUUUUUCCGCACGUUUUUCAUCAUGUAGCGUUUUUGUGUUUCCAGCCUUUUUAUAGUGUUUGGGUUUAUAUGAUUUCUGUAUUUGGAGUGUUUGCUUCUUAGGGCCACUGUUAAUAAUAAAUCAAUCAGUAGGAGGACUUUGGUUAUGUUCACACUGCAGGUCAAUACAGGUCAUCUUUGUUGCCCACUUUUUUUCCAAAUCCAACUCAGGCUUCUUUUGUAUGUGGAAAUAAAUUAGAUUUUAUAUCCAGCCUAUACGUACAGGGUGCGUUCAUCUGACGCGUGCCAUCAAAAAGCAACAAAUGUCAUAAUUCUGGUGGGAAGGGCUAAUUUUUUACAAAUUUGAAAGGGGGAGCUGGAGAGCCAAUGUAAAAGGCCUACUGAAACCCACUACUACCGACCACGCAGUCUGAUAGUUUAUAUAUCAUUGAUGAAAUAUUAACAUUGCAACACAUGCCAAUACGGCCUUUUUAGUUGACUAAAUUACAAUUUUAAAUUUCCCGUGGAGUUUCUUGUUGAAAACGUUGCGGAAUGAUGAUGCGUAUGUUGACGCGUGCGUUGGAGGGGACUCCUUCACUAUCAAUAUCCUCAGCCACGAAUCUUUCAUCCUCGCUCAAAUCAAUAGGGAAAUUGUUGUUUUCUCAGUCCGAAUAGCUCUUGCUGCUGCAGGCUCCCAUUAGAAACAAUGUGAGAAUGUGAGGAGCCCUCACACCGGUGACGUCAUCGUCUGCUACUUCCGGUAAAGGCAAGGCUUUUUUAAUAGCGACCAAAAGUUGCAAACUUUAUCGUCCAUGUUCUCUACUAAAUCCUUUCAGCAAAAAUAUGGCUAUAUCGCGAAAUGAUCAAGUAUGACACAUAGAAUGUACGUGCUAUCCCCGUUUAGAUAAAAAAAAACCUCAUUUCAGUAGGCCUUUGAAAUGUCACCAUACCUGACAUUCCUGCACUUUGAUGAGUUAUUGUGCAUGUUAAUGGCCUCAAAAAGGUGUCAAAAUGGAUAGAAAAAUAAUAAUUGAAGCUGAACAGCGUUGAUAGAGCCCUUGCACUCUCGUGCCAGUUGGGGUUCACGUGAGUCAGCGGGUACGCAUGACGCACAUACUUGCCAACCCUCCCGAAUUUUCCGGAAGACUCACGAAUUUCAGUGCCUCUCCCGAAAAUCCCCCGGGACAACCAUUCGCCCGAAUUUCUCCGAUUUCUCUUCCAGGUUCAUGCGGAAUUGAGUGAGGACAGCCUGAAUUGAGUGAGGACAGCCUGUAGUCACGUCCGCCUUUCCUCCAUUUAGCAGCGUGCCGGCCCAGUCACGUUAUAACAUCUACGGAUUUUGGAGAGCACAUAACUGUACACACAACAAGAAGUAGACGAAGCAGAAGAACGAAGAAGAAACAGUCAUGGCGAUGACGAGUAAGAAGAAGUACACUUGCAAGUUCCAAAAUGAUUGGAAACAAGAAUUUCAGUUCAUCCAGGACAGCUCAAAGGGGAAGGAGUAUGCUGCCUGCAAAUUUUGUAUGUCAGACUUCUCCAUUGAUCAUGGUGGCCAAAUGCAUAUAGUCACUCAUGAACGGUACAUAAAUAUAUAAGAAAUACUUGAAUUUCAGUGAAUUCUAGCUAUAAAUAUACUCCUCCCCCUUUUACCCCGGAUCCGCCCACCCUGACCCCGCCCACCUAAACACCCCCCACCCCCCCUCAUCUCCUGAAUUCGGAGGUCUCAAGGUUGGCAAGUAUGAUGACGCAUACGGCCUAAUGUUAACAUGCUAACCAAUACCAUGUUUCAAGUACCAGGUUAUACUGUAUGACUUUGAGGUGUAUGGCUACAAAAUUGGCUAAAAAAGUAAGCAAUAUCAUGUUAGCAUGCUACUGUUAACAUCUUAACAGUAGCAUGCUAACAGUUAGCAUGUGUCAAGUACCAAGUUAUACGACUCUGAUGUGUACGGGUUUAAAAUUGGCAAAAAACAAGUUAGCAUGAGAAUGUGUGAAUGUUGUCUGUCUAUCUGUGUUGGCCCUGCGAUGAGGUGGCGACUUGUCCAGGGUGUACCCCGCCUACCACCCGAAUGCAGCUGAGAUAGGCUCCAGCACCCCUCGCGACUCCGAAAGGGACAAGCGGUAGAAGAUGGAUGGAUGCUAGUGUCAGCAUUUUAACAGCAACUGUCAAUUCCCAGAUUGUAUGACUGUGGGGUAUUUUGCUAAAAAAAAUGGUUAGGAUGCUAUUGUUAGCAUGCAUGCUAUUGUUAGCGUGCUAACAGUUAGCAUGUGUCAGGUACAAAUUUAUAUGAUUCUGAGGUGUACGGUUUUAAAAUUGGCUUACAGUUAGCACAUGCCAAUGCUCCCAAUGCCCAGACCCACCAUCAAACAUUCCGGAAAGAUCGCGUAAGGGGGGCGAUAUUGGUGUUGAUAUCAAGGCUUAGGUGUGGCUGAUUACAAAAAAUAACUACUAUGUACUGCAAAAGAAGGCACUCAAAAACUGAUGACUUUUUUUUUUUUUUUUUACAGUACAUACAAUUACACAAUGCUCAAAUAAAUAAAUAUGAAGUAAAUUAUUAAUAAAUAUGUUUAACUAAACUGUCGAUAACAUUUAAGUAAAAAGGAAAGUACAGCUACACACUUUAAGUCAUAAUUUUUGCACUUAAGAAACAUAUCCAUUACUUUAGCGCCAGACUUACUCUAUUUGUUCAGGAUUGUCAUUACUGCCACAAGUGGUGGCAAAGUGUAUUACAACUGAGUACUGCCGGGCCCAUACGAACCACAAGAGAAACGCACAUAUUUUGGCGGCCCUCUAGGGGGCACUUGCAGCCCAACAAAGGUUCAGAAACAGUUUCCUGUGCUAAAUAAUUCGGUAAAGAAGAUGUUGACUCUGUUUGCACAAAAUUCUGUCUACUUCCACAGAUUCAGGGAGUUUUAUUUAAUAAUUUUUAUAUUGUGAAUGACGACAUAAAAACAUUGGAUGUAACAAAAAGUGUGUUUAUUUCAUUCAAUUUAGUAUGUUUAUGAAUAAAUAUACAUUUGUAUUUAAAUUUAAUAAUAUUUAUUAAUUAUAUAUAUAUAUAUAUAUAAUAUAUAUAUAUAUAUAUAUAUAUAUACAUACAUAUAAAUAUUUUUUUUAUGAUUAUUAUUAUUAUUAUGUGAAUUAGGCAUAAUAUCCUGCAGUGUGAAUUCAGCCUUACAGUCAGUGGUCCCUCAAAACCUAUUCUUUAUCCUCUAAAAUAUUUUGGACAGUUGUAUGCAGGGCCGCCCUUCUCUACACGCUGUAGGGCCCAGUGAUCUUUUGGGGCCCCUUUUGCGUCAAUAGGCGCAUGUCAAAUGUUAAUUAGUGAAUGACAUAGCACUUCAUAUGACAUUUUACCACAAACCUAUUCCUAGCCCCUUCCUGUUCCGUCACUGAUGAGGGGGAGGAGUUUGGUGAAAGGUAGCAGCAGGUGUUUUUGCUGAAAGCAAACACUUCUUAAAGGAACAUGAGGCUGCAUGAGGACUGAGGAAUGAUGAGAGGACACAUACACAUACACCACACCACACACACAGACACACACCCACAAGCCAUAAGAGCUUUCUCAGUGGCGAUGAUGAUGAGGCCGAGGACAAAACAGAACUUUGAGCCUCCAUGUUUACGAUGCAUGUCUUAAAAGAAAAACCACAAUGAACUUUUUCUUUGUCGUGGUAAAGAUAAUGAUUAAAGAAAAAAAUAUUUAUCUGUAUGAUACUGAUCUGUGAUCUACAAGGGGGGGAGAGGGUGUUCAAUUUGUAAAAUGUGUGGAUUUUUUUCAGUUGUAAUUUUUAUUUUUUACGAUGAUACAUUUAUUUUCCUGAGGUAUGUGUCGGAUAAAUGUACACGCCCCUUGCCCCUCUUCGACGCCCGCUUUAUCCUGAGCUUGUUGUAAAAACAAAAAACGUGUCCAUACGGAGAAACAUUCUUUCCAGUUGCGCGGUUGUACGUGUGUGUGUGUGUGUGUGUGUGAAUAUGUGUGUGUGUACAUUUUGACAACACGUUGUGUAAAAAUGAUCGUUAUGGCUCUCUUGGUCGUUAUACAAAAUGAAGAUAUCCUAUGGAAAAGUAACAAAUUCAUUAAAAAGAUGAUGUAAAAAAAAAAAAAGAAGAAAAUAAAUAAAAUAAGCAAUCCAUGUGGAUCUGCUCAUCAUCUCAAA